AUGUGCACAAUAGUGAUCAAGGCAUAUAAAGAUCUUAAAGGUAUAAAACUCCCCAAAAACAUAUGUAAUGUACAUCUCUCCAAUGGUUUAGACAUCCAGGCUUGCCAAAAUACAGUGACAUCUCCACAAUCAAUGGGUACUUUAGCCAAGAGUUAUUCAUCAUCCAUGCUGCAAUGGAUAACAAAAUCUUUUUUUGCCCCUGAACUUGAGAGACAUAUCAUGGAAGAACAUAACUAUUGUGAUGACAAAGAAGUAAGAAGUAUGAGAACCAUGGAGAAUCUUCAACUUGUCAACUUUAUUGAACUGCAACUGAAGUCAAAAGAGGGAUUUGCUGCUGCAAUUGAUUUUGCACUUGCCAGUGGAUUAAAACAAUAUUUGAAGAAAUUUGUGGUUGUUCACCAGGGGAUUGGCCCUGCCAGUUUUAUUGUUGCCAACUGA